UUAGUGAGACAUAUCAUUAUUUAACAUUUGACAUUGUAAACUGUUCACAUCGGCCGUUGUCGGUUAUCACGUCACGCGUUAUCAGCGCACACGCGUGCCAUCUUUUUCACGGACUGUUCGAUGCGCUCAAGAAUCUUACGGAAUCUCGAACGACAAUAAUUAACGAUUCCGUCUGUGCUCCAUCGCCGUCCGACGUCGCACGUGCAACGCGAUGACCGUCGUUACCGUUGUGCAAUAAUAAUAAUAAUAAUAAUAAUAAUAAUUUCGAUCAAGAAAGUGCGCUAUCAGGUGCAUACACGACGAGUUACGGACGAUACGACACAAACGACGGCGAUGCGUUUUAUGCGACCGCGGUUGUUGCGCACGUCCUAAAAGUGCAUCCGUAGGACUUGUUCGCGUUCGGUGUCCAAUACAUCGUUGUACGGUAACCGUCCCGUUAGCGCCCUCGGCGUUUACUUUGAUCGGAUCGUCGCAGGUGUUAUCCACUCGUCGUAUCGCGCAUUACUUUUUUUUGCUCUCUCUCCCUCUCUCCCUCCUCGUCAUCAUCUGUACGUGCGUGCGUGCGUGCGUGCGUCCUGCUCCGUGUAUCUUUUUGCCCUACCUCCUGGUCUCUUUAUCUACAUUUUUCUCCCGUAGCUCUGUCUCGUCUGUCGGUUCACCGAGUUAACGACGUUUUUUUCUUUUUCCCCGAGUGGUUGUCUAAUUCAAUUGUUUUCUUUUCGUUUUUGCACCACCGUUACGCCGACCACGUUUCCGCCGUCAUGACGGUUUUGUCGAAAAAAAAGUCGCAGGCACAUUCGGAAGAUGGUGAACCGUCGUCCAGCGCGCAUAAUCUCGCUUUGCCGAUGACCACGGCCCAAGCACAUUCUCAGAUAAAUACAUUAGAAGAACGAAUCAGCUCUCCUCAAAGAUGGUCUGUUGAUAAUAUUGAUAAUGGAUUAAGUUCUAAACAAGCGAAACGUAGGAUUCAACGUAGUCCUCAUAGUAUAAGGAGUAAUAAAGGACGAGAUAGAGAAAACUGGGGAGAAAACCGACCAUCCACGAAUUUUAUUUCAUGUAAGUGUGGUUCUGUUGAUGCGGAUGGCCAAUGUGAUGCAGAAAAAUGUGGAUACAAUAGUGAAGAUGAACAUGGAGAAGUUUCAAAACAAUAUAAUUCCAUGGAUUGGGUUGAGCAAGAUCGAGUCUUUGAAAAAAAGUUGAAAAAAUGUGGUCUGAUUUUAAAACAAAUGAAAGAUGAUGGUGCUUGUUUAUUUAGAGCUGUAUCAGAUCAAUUAUUUGGUGAUCAAGAUAUGCAUGACAUUGUACGAAAACAGUGUAUGGAUUAUGUUGCAAGCAAUAAAGACUACUACAUGCAGUAUGUUACUGAAGAUUUUAAUACAUAUAUUGCUCGAAAAAGGCUCGAUCAAACUCAUGGAAAUCAUGUAGAAAUACAUGCUAUGUCAGAGUUAUAUAAUCGUCCAAUUGAAGUUUACUGUUAUGACAUUGAACCAAUAAAUAUAUUCAAUCGUGCAAAUACAUCAGAAACUUUAAAUGCCCCAAUCAGACUAUCGUAUCAAAGAGGUAGUCAUUAUAAUAGUAUUGUAGAUCCCCAUAAAGCCACUAUUGGUGUAGGAUUAGGAUUACCAAAUUUUUCCCCGGGUUCUGCUGAUAAAAAAUUGUUAACUGAUGCAGUUCGUCAGAGUGAAGAUUACAUGUUGGAACAAACCAUGUUAGAAGAUAAACUAAGAGCUACUGAUUGGGAAGCAACAAAUGAAACGAUCGAUGAACAAAUAGCACGAGAAAGUUAUUUACAAUUUCUAAAAGAUAAUGAAAAGCGAAAUAAAUGUGAUAAAGAGUCUGCAGUAACAUCAACUGCUACUUCUGCAUCUGUUGUUAAAUCUUAUCAACCUCGAACUUCACCACCAAGAUAUUCAGUUGGACCAAAAACACCGCCUAACACGUCCCCUUGCAGAGAUUAUUCAAAAUUAGAAAAUUCACCGAUUGUGGCAUUACCUCCUCAUCUUUUUGGUAUGUCAAAAUGGGAAGAUAUUGGAAUUUUAACUCAAGUGUUAGCUACUUCACAACAAGAAUACCUAGACAAUUUAAAAAGGCAGCACGAUGAGCAAAAAGAAGAAGUUGAUAAACAGUUCUUGUAUGAUUUAGAAAAACCUUCAACUUCUCAUUGAUACUUAAAAGCUGUAUAAUCGUUUUAAUAUAAUUUUUUUUUUGUUAUUAAAAAUCAACCUAAAUUUUUUUUGCAUAUAUUU